CCAGCGACACGCGAAGCAUACCCCACCCUUGGCAUUACUAUCCAUCGAUCGAAAUACCUGCACUACCAUGUUGCUAUUGACGGGCAUCUGCCUGGCCUUGGGCAUAGCGGGGGCCCUGCUCGGGCUAGCCACCAAGCUGCUGGGCCUGAAGCCGCCGCUUGUCUUCGGAAAGUACCCCCUGAAGGGUCUCUUCUACCGCGUCAAGUACGGGAUCGCUCUGCUGGUGUUGCGACAGCUGCGGUACCGCAUCUACCGCCGGAACGAGGAGGAGUUGGGCUCCGCAGAGCAUCUGGCGAAGGUGGACAAGCCGCAGCAGCUGAGCGAUGACCCGAAGAGCUACGACGUGGUCAGCUUUAUGGCGGCCAAUGCCGAGGGCCAGAAGCUGAUGGUCACCCUCGAGCGGCGCCGCCGAGGAGUGCUCAAGGCGGCGCUCUAUCUGUGGCUGCCCUCCAAGGGUCUGCUCAGCUCCCCACGGCUGCCGGACAUGGCCCACUUCACGACGGAUGGCAGCGAGGAGAGCAGCGAGUUCCGUGGCGAGGGUUUCCACAUCUAUCCAGAGGAGUCCAUGCGAGUCUGGCGGAUCAAGUACGACGGCGUGCUCUCCAGAAAGGAGGAGCAGGUGCCGGUGCAAAUCAAUCUACGGUUCGAGAGCCCCAGCGCGGCUCAUUUUGACUACAGCCGGGACCUGAGCUCCAACCUGAUAGCCGACUCGAUAGCCAGGGAGGCCUGGAACGAGCGCUUCUACGGGAUGCUUCGGUCCGUGACCCACAUCAUGGAGAAGCGCACCCACUACGAGCAGAACGGCGAGCUCUCCGGGUCACUAGAGCUCGACGGAAAGAAGAUGGAUCUCCAGCUGCGUGGAUUCCGGGACCACAGUUUCGGCACCGAGCGCUGCCUGAGCUCCAUCAAUCGCUACGUAUACUUUGCUCUCUUCCUGGACGACGGCAGCAGCAUGGUCGUGGGCAAUCUCAGCCAGCCCUCCUUCUUCCUCUCCUCGCUGAAGGUGGGCUACGUAUGCAGCCCCGCGGGCGUCUACCAGCCCAUAAAAAGCAGCAACUUUGAGCUGUACUCCUACGGGGAGAGGGGCACACCGCCCCAGCAUCAGAACUUCAUCGUCUGCACCGAGGAGCGGGACUAUCUGGUUCAGAUCCGUGUCGAGGAGUCCGCCCUGCGCUAUGUGGGCGGCGACUGGGAGUCCAAGGUCUACAACCAAUUCGUCUCCUGCACAGUCAAUGGCAUUGCCGGCCAAGGUCACGCCGAGUUCCUCUACCGUCACCAGGGCGGCCGACCCGAGGCAGUCUCUAGCCGAGAUCCACCCUGGUACCAGCGCAUCAAGCACUUCGAGCGCUGCCUCAGCAACUUGGACCCAUCUGCCGACAAGGAGGAAUUUGUCUUCUAACCCAACCUCUCCCCCCAACUAUACUAUUAUCCGUGUGAUACAUGCUUUUUUGUUUUAGUUAUAAGAUCCAGUGUAUGGGUAAGGGAUACAGUAAAAUACAAUUUAUUUAAAUGGGAA